AUGUCGGCGGUACACGACAAACAGCUGCCGGAUGUCGGAGCGCCAGACAGGGAGCGUUGCUCGGAACCGGCCACUUUGAGCGUUUCGCAGCCGGAGGUAGUCUCCGAGAAGCAGUCUGCCGGUGAAAAGCGUGAACACGUUGUAGACGUGGCUAUGAGCGCUGUGAACGAGGCGCGGAAGCUGGCUAGAAUUGAGUUUCGGCGCUCUUUGCAGAGAACACUGGAAGAGCUCGCUGAGGAGGUGCCUAUCUUUGGGCGCCUGCUGGCCUUUGAGCGAGCGCUAGACAUGCGCGUCGCCAGGGCUCUUCAGCGGCGUGACGAGCGAGCAGCGGCAGCGCUGCUUCUUGAAGCCGCUGACCGAGGCGACCAGCUGGAGCAGGCAAGGCUGCCGGGGAACGCUCCGGCUGCUUCGAACAGUGGCUUGGCGUUCCCGUCUGUAGCGCAGUAUCCUCGGAGAAGGUGUACCUUUCGUCUUUUUGUCUACAAUACUUUUGAGGGCCAGGAGCCAGCGACGGGCGAUGGAGCAGAAGAACGCACCCCCAGCUGGGUGCUUCGUAUCCACGGCCACGUUCUCAACGGACCGCAGGUCGCAGAGCUCGCGUUCACUUCAGUCUUUGAGCGAGUUGUGAUUGCAGUAGACCCAGAUAACCAUUUUCAGCAGGCUGAAACGAUCGAAUGGAGGCAGUCGCUGGUACCUGGCUCGCAGGUCCUCGCUGGCUCUAGAUUAGAGAGCGCUUUCCCCAACGCGGAUGCGCCGAGCGCUGGACCUGAGGCGGCACAAGCUGCCUGCAACCAAGGCCAACCGCGUCCUGGGCAGCGCACUGAAGCUCAACACCCAGCGGCAGCAGCAGCAGCAGCAGCAGCAACCGCAGCGGACGACUCCAUAGCAGAUGGGAUCGAACUGCGCCGCUGCGGACAGCAGCCGGUUCCAGUAACGAUUCUGCUGUACCUGCGACGUUAUCCACCAGUCUAUCAGUUGUCGCCGGAGCUUGUGGCGCUUUUAGGGGUUGAGCAAGACACGCUCGCCGGAGUACUAACGACGUUCUGGCAUUAUAUCCGGCGCCAGGGUUUGAUGCACCCGGAGCGGCCGGGGUUUGUUUUGCUGAAUGAAGAACUGAGGCGCAUUUUCGGAUGGAGCAAACACGAGCCCACCUCUGCGCAUGAGUCACACCAGGAGAACGAGCGCUCCCCGAAUCUACCUAGACCCGAACGAACUGAGGAGCCUAUCGACGACGCGUUCGAGGGCUCGGUGCCGAUGAUGCCGCUUCACGUCAUUGGAGAGCGUUUGCGCGAGCAUUUGGGGCCUGCGCCUCCCCUUGAGCUGCACUACACGAUUCAGUUUGAUUCACCAGUCGAGCAUGAUUGCUACGAUAUCGAAAUCGAAUGGCCAGAUGCCUUGCCGAUGGACGUCUGCACCGAGCGAACUGGAGCGGAGAUCGCAUCUUCCGGGCAUGUUUCGGAAAAGAAUGCAACAGCGAAACCUCUUUCAGCACCGGGUUCUGCGGGUCUCGUCGGCAGCGAGCGACCAUCCGAAGAUACCGACAAAUCGGGGGACCAACGCGCUCCGCUGCACUUUGGAAGAUGUUCGCUAUAUGCAGGAAGCAUUGAAAUCCAGAAACUGCAGCAGCAAUUCGAAGAGACGCUCGAACGCAUCCAUGCUGCGUAUUUACGACGUGAUUUUUAUAGGAGUUUCGCCAAGGCCCCCGCAGCGUUCCUGCGUGACCUCAUUGUCAGCCAGGCACGGGACGCUCGCCUCGUUCGAGGCCAGUCGGGCCGAACCAUCGAAGAAGAGCGUCGUUCAGGGCUGUACUACCAGCAGUGGCUCCACGAGGCGAUUCCACGGUACCUGUGGCGAACGUUGCGCUCGCGGGAGCACCAGCAUCGCCAAGUCCAAUACGCGGCAAGCGAGGCGACCAAAGCAGCAUCUCCAUCGGCAUCUCCAACAACCUAA